AUGUCUGGAAUGGAGUACAAGGUAAACAUCCACUCAUCAUUUCACCAUCAGUCAUUUGAAGACGAAAAAGAGCCUGAUAAGAUUAUGCCAAAGCUUGAAAUUGAAGUUCCAAAGCCUCACGUGCAAAGAGGAGAAGAGAUCCUUAACAUUUUAAAAAUUUGUUUCUUUCUCCUUAUAGGGAUUUUGUUUUCUUUAGCGGUAUUUUCUUGGUAUACCUGGAAACACACGAAUUCAAAGGUGAUGAUAGGAAUUAUGGGCACAAGCCUAGUUGCAAUUGUGGGGUGCAUAUUGGGGAUUAUUGGGAGUUUUAAGAGCAUCCAAGAGCAUCAUCAAAUUUAUGCAGCCAAUAUAAGAAGGGAAUAUGGGCAUGAUAUCAUGAUGAUUUCGCUUUAUUUUUUAGUAGCGGAUUUUAUAUUAUUUUCAGUGCUAGGAACUUUUGCUUUAUUAUCCACACAGCAAUCACUAGACUUCUUACAAAAUUUAUAUGAUAACGAUAAAGAAGGCUGAAAAUUAAUGUAUGGGGACAAAGAAAUCGACGAAGUCAAAGAGUGGGCAAUUUUAAUGAUCCAUAUAGUUAGCUAUACUUGCUAUAUCAUCGUAGUUUUGAUAGUCCUCAUUUCAUUUUUCAAGUACAAAUUCAGAGAAAAUUUCAAAGAUGCUCCUAUAAUCCAUUAG